AAUUUUUAACCAGAGAUUUCAGUGCCAUUUUUAUGUUUAUCUACUGUAGUUUGGAAUAUUUGAGUUACCACACAUCUGUUAUUGUUGAACGCAACUGCUUUGUGUUCCAGCCCCACUUGCUAUGCCUGACUACACAGUCAUAAUAACGUUUCUUUCAUAAAGAUCCGAUCAAUAGGCACAUUGCCUGUACACUUUAUGGAUGAGUUAUUGUUGGAUAAACCUAACAGAAUUGAAUCCAUUCAUGAGGCUUUUAUUAUUUUUUUUCUGUGAUGCAUCAGAGGUGUUUUUUUUUGUAACUACAGUAGUAACCUGUACCUCCAUGACCAGUUGAAGAUAUAUUUUCUAAGAAUAUUUUCACAGUAUUUGCAAUUAUGCUUGAUAGAACUUUAUUAAAUUAAUUGUGCUUGACAUGGAUUAAGUUGAUGAAGAUGACCCAUGUAGUGAAGACUGAUUUUGAAAAUGAGUAGCAAACUCAAUGUAAAGGGCACACAAGAGAAUGUUACUGAGAGGGUUCUUCUAAAACGCUUAAAGAAUGAAGCAAAAAAGAGGAACUGCUCUGUCGUUCUUCACAAGGCGAAGCUUCCUAGGUACGGGUACUACAAUGUGUGUACAGGGGAAAGUGAUGAUCAGCAGGUUCCAAAUGUUACAGAUAUGUUAACUGAUGUAAUACCAGCAUGGUUACCAUCACCAUCAGAUGGUGAUGAGCUCCCAGCUGGAGGUGCAUGUACGACUAACCAUGAGCCACGAAAUAUUUUCCAAUCUAUCAAAUCAUUCUCAGGAUAUGAUUAUAGGACUGAAGAGAAUGGAGAAAAACCAUCUACAGGAUUACAGGCAGCACCAGCUGAUUCUUUAUUUCUUACUGAUCUUGGAACAACAUUAUCUGAUCCUACCAAAGAGGGUGGGGGAGUUAAUACUGCCAUGGACAGUGUGAUUUUUAAAGGCCAUGUAAAUGCUGAGGGAGAAAUUAUGAAGAAGGAACAUGUGGAGGAAGUAGAUUUAGAGGAGGAAGUAGAGGAUAAAUGGUGUCCUCUCACACCAACAAGUGAAUCUGAAAGGGACACUGUAACAUCCAUUAAUAUACCUGAUGAUGGAAUUGUAGAUUAUAGCCAACCUAAUCUUGAUGAUAAAACUAACAGUGGCUCAACACUUUUAAUCAAAGAAUGUUGGUCUUUGGCUGGAAAAGAAUCAUUCUGGAGUAAUCCAAGUGAUGCUACUAUUGAUUGCAAUCAGACCAACAAAUAUUCAACUUCGACCUCUCCAGAUUAUGUUAAUGAUAAUAAUUAUACGGAGUCAAAUUCAGCAAAACAAACUUCAGCAUUUAAUACUGAAGUGACAUGUUUAGAAGUUGUUCAGAGUACACAGGAUGCUGUUACAUUUGAACCAGAAGAAUCAACAUUUCAUCAAGAACAUUCAGACAAUGAAGUUCAGAGUACUCAGGAUGCUAUUACAUUUGUAUCAGAAGAAUCAACAUUUCAUCAAGAACAUUCAGACAAUAAAGUUCAGAGUACUCAGGAUGCUAUUACAUUUGUAUCAGAAGAAUCAACAUUUCAUCAAAAAAAUUCAGACAAUGAAGUUCAGAGUUCUCAGGAUGCUAUUACAUUUGUACCAGAAGAAUCAACAUUUCAUCAAGAACAUUCAGACAAUGAUGGUGAUGUCAAAACCCUACAGAGGCCCUGUGAGGUGACAGAUCAGUGUGUCAUUCAAACAACUAAACAAACUUUUUCAGAUGAUGAUGCAAAACAAGUAUAUUCAUCCUCAGAUGAUGUUCAGGAAACCACAGACUCUAUCAAAAAUAAUAUGUUGACAACACCUAAAGAGAAACCACAAGUGAAGUUGUCAGAAAUUGGAAAAGAGCAAUUUAUAACUACUGGCUCUCCAGUAGCAGAGAAAACAUUAGCUGUGACUCCUACACAAUAUAUAUCACUACAGCAAUCUGACUAUAAUAAAAAUUAUCACUCAAAUACUGAAAUGAACAUUGAUCAGCAUUUAGCUACCUCAUUAUCAAACUCUGAGUCGGACAGGACAAUAGAACAAUUGCAUUCAAUGUCAGUGGGCAACAUAGCUACUUCUAUGCAAACCUUUAAGGCUACUGAGCAUUCUUCACCAUCAUCAAAACCUUCUACUGCAGCAAACAGUAUUACUGCUCUGAAUGUUGAUAGGAUUGCAAGAGUGCCAGAAACGUCACAGAAUAUGGAGACCAUUCCAAUGUCUCCUAAAUGUAUGCUGGAUAACAACCAAAAUGAUGGAGACAUAGAAAAAAGUAAAUGUGUUGCAGGUGUAAAUCUAAUUAACAACAGAAAUGAAACCAGUCAGUGUUUCUUCAACAAAUCAAAUUCUGACACACUUGUGGGCAAAAUACAACAAGGUAAUACAGAAGAUAACUCAACUACACAAAUAUCAACAAAAGAUGAGAAAUUGACAGUGAAUAUAACUAAACCAGAUAGUUUACAAACAUCUUUAGAGAUUGGCAACAAGUCGAAUGCGAAUACUUCACCCAAUCAAAGUAAUGAAACACCAUAUAAACGUCCUCGGGGCCGUCCAAAAGGAAGUGGUCGCUCAAGAGGAAGAGGAAGAGGAAGAGGUGGCUAUGGAUAUGGACAUGGGUUUAUGAGGCAAGAAAUUCCUUUUCAUCAUACGGUUAAUUUUAACAACCCUAUGAAUACAUGCAUAAAUAACAUAAGUCAAUCCCCACAACAAAAUCCACAGAAAGUAAUUGUACCAAUAGAGUUGCCAUCCAAAGGUGUUAUUGGACUGGUUUCUCAGACAACUUACUCUGAGAUUCAAAAGCACUUGUCUGCCUCAGACAGCGUUGUGCCUAAUAAACCUGAGCAAAAUCAACCAGUUUACCAAGGUCUAUCGCAUGAGCCUCAUGGAAGAAUUUGUGUUCCUAUUUAUGAUUCAGAUGUUUUGAAAUUUGUUCAAAAGACAAUUUCGAAUGGGGACUCUACAUUGCAGACGCCAAUGCAAAUCCACAGCAAUUCACAUAGGACAUCAACUGUUCAAACGAGUGAACCAAAUCAAAUGAUAGAAUUACAGAGGCCACCACCAGGAUAUCAACCCACUCUACAUUCCAACAUCAAUAAUGAUGGGGCAUACCAGUCAACAAUUGAAAACAACUUGCCAGUUGCUGUGAACGAAAAGGAAAUGAACAGAAAUUGCUUUCAAGUAGAAAAUGAAUCUGUGCUUGCUCUUCCUCGUAAUUCCAUUACGAAUUUGCCUGUUCCAAUUUCAAUUCCAAAAUCCAAGUACAAUAGAAAAGGAUCAAAUAUUAAAGGAUCAACUACUUUGACAGUCAGAGAGCAGUUGCUUGAGAAAAUGAGGGGAAGAUUAUAUCAGAGAAGGAAUUUUACUGGAACAACACCACGUUUACAACAACCUUCUCUUGUUACCAAUGCUCCUAUAUUUCAUAUGUUGUCACCAAGACCACCACAUCCAUCCAGCAUUCCAAAUAGGAAGGGAAUUUUUUUCAGUCCUGUCCAGCAAACACACUCUAUUUCACAAGAAAUCAGAAGUAAUCCACCAUUUCCAGUGUACAGACCUUCAACAAAAAUCAGCCCCCAAGUCUCAUUUAACCAAUCAUUUGUGGCCACACCUCAGUAUCAUUUUCAAUCAGAUCCUCAAAAACCUGUUUCACAUACGGUAGUGCCUAUCGAAACAGGUGUUGUAAAUAAAGUUAUGAAUAAUUCACUUGUUUCUAACUCAGUGGCAAUGUUCACAACACAUACUCCUCAUUUUCAAACCUCUAAUGCUCCCCCUCAAGUUACUAUCAUUGAUACAUCUAGGCCUGCCCCAAGGCAUAAUGCAGUUCAAUUGAGAAAACCAGAGAUACACAGUUCAAAGCAGCAAAAUAAUUUUCAUUCACACAAUUUAUUUGCUACCAGACAAUUACAGGCAAUAAACAUUCAACCACAACAGACCUUCUCAGCAUUGGAUUUAAGUAUGAGGUCAAAAGAUUUUCACAACAAUGUCACUGUUAAAAAACCGGAAGAAAAUUACUCUGCUCCACUGGAUCUAAGCAGGAAACCCCACCCCACAGUUGAGAAUCCUGAUGUUAAAUGUACACCACUUGAUCUAAGUCAAAAAGAACAAGACAGACCUGCAAAGUAUUUGGAGCCUGUGGUUCAGAGUCCAGACCUGAAUGGCCAUGAAGGCAUGCCUCAACAGAGUAGCGUGUCUUCGGAAUCAUUGCGGUCUGUAUCAGACGUCGAGCCUGAACAAUCUCUGUCAGUUCUUGCAGCUGCUGCAGAAUUGUUAGAGUAUAAACAUGUGAGCACUGGUGAUGUUGAUCCACCUGACCAACAACCUUCACCAAAGAUGGAAAAAAUAAAGGUGAAAUUUAAUUCUAAGCAAAAGUUAUGGCAUUUGGUGCCAAUGACUAAAGACCUUCAGAAACAUACUGGUCAAAAGCCAAAAAGAGGCAGACCACCAAUUGUAAAAAAUAUUGAAGAAAAUACUGUAGUCAAACGUCACCAUUGUCAAUUUUGUAAUUUCUCUCAUAUUAAAAAACAUGAAGUUCGUGUACAUAUAAAAGUGGCUCACUUUGCUAAAUUUAAGAAAGAUCCGAAAAAUAAUGACUUUCACCAAGAUGAUGUGGAGAAAAUAAGGAUUAAAAAUCCUCCUGAAAAUCAGGAUCCAAAUCCAACAAAAAAUCACCGUGACUUCAUGUGUAAACACUGUGGUUUUAAAACGACGUCAAGUUAUAUUUUACAACUUCACAUAGCAAAGUGCCAACCUAAUGAAACUUCAGAUGUUUGUCAGUCAAUAGAGAGAGAGAUAAUUGAGGAACUGAAAAAACAAAGACACACCUGCAACAUAUGUGGAGCUACUUAUCUUUACAUCAAUGGACUUCGUUCUCAUGAGCACAGACACCACUUGCUGCUUGCUCAUCAGUGUUUAAAGUGUGGAUUAAAGUUCAAAUCAAAAGGAACCUUGCAACGCCACCAAAUACAAAAGAAUCAUCUUCCUGUUAAAGAAAAUGAAAGUGUUUCAAGUCCAGGUGUCUAAAUGUUAUUCAGAAUAAUAAACAAAUUGUUUAAAAUAUUCUAAAAGUUAAAUUGAAAGCAUCUUAUGUAGGGGAAAUCUUAUGAUUCAAAUUAUUUUUGUUCAUGUAACUCAUAAUAUUUUCUGGUACAAUAGUAGAUAACAACAUACUAACUAAUAGUAUUGUUAACUUCUAAGAUUCUAUCAAAAAAUCACAAAGAGACUUUCAAUGAACUUCCUCUUCUAGGAUAAUGGAGCUGUGAAAGGUCAGGUUUCAAGAAUACGCAAAAGAAGCAAUAUGAAUAUUGCAAUUUUUCUAAAUUAUUGGUGUAUAAAUGUUAUGAUGACAUUUUUGUAAAUAAAGGUUAACAUAAUUCAUUGUACAUAAUAUAGAUGUUCAACAGAAAUGAGUGAAGCACUUUUCUCUUGAUUUCAUUGAUUGUGGGUGCUGUAUUCAGUACAUGUAAAUUUGUAUUUAAAUAGUACGGUACAGUACUAAUAUCUUAAUCUUGCUAAUCUAGACAAACAAUGCUCCAAAUUUUGAAGCUAUGAAAACCUGAGACACUUGCCUCAGACGAAAAUUCAUGUUAGGAAAAGAAAAUAGGAAUCAAAUGUAAUCCUUUUUUCUAUUUUAUACUGCCGAGUAGUUCAGUGGUGUUUUAUUUUGUACAUGAAUUUAUACAUUCCUUUUGAUAACUAUUUUUUAAUUUUUAUGAUAUAUAGCAUAUAUAUACUUGUACCAUGUUGAAUGACAUUUAUGUAUGUAUGAUUCAGUCAUCUUGUUAAAUUAUGUUAUUUUAGUAUUAAAACAUAACUGGCAUGGGCAUUAAUCUCAGCAGAUAUUUUCAAUUUAUUUUUUGUACAAAUAUGGUACUGCUGUAUACUUUAGUUUAAGAAUCAGUCAACAUUUUGUACUUUUCAGUUUGAAAUGUUGUAUGUUUAUUAUCGUUUAGUUCAUUCACUUAAUUUAGAUUAAUUUGUUUUUACCAUAUUAAGUAUUAUAAUUUGAUUGGUUUUUGCCUUUCAAGAACGAUAUAAGGUCAAGUAUUCAAUGUCCUACAUAAUUAAUUAUAAUUUUUUUUUUCGUUCCAAAUUUUUAACCUGUUAAUUAUUUUUAUUUAAAAAUUUACUUGUGAGUU